AUCUCAAAGUUUCAUCGUUGCAGGGAAUCUCUACUGUAACCGCCGUCCCCACUGUGUCCGCGGCUUCUGCAUCUGCAUCGGCCACGCCCUCAGCAUCUCAGUCUGCUGCGAGCGGCGCUUCUUCUACAGCUGCGGAAUCAGGAGCUGUUGCUAACGGUGUCUCUUCCAUUGCAGCAUCUGCUCUCCCAUCUGUGAACGCCCCCAGCGCCGGUUCCGCGACCGCCGUUGCGGCCUCCCUCUCAGGAUCUGCUACUGCAACACCUGUGGGACCCUCUGCGGUCCCAGCGAAUGCCGCUGGCGGCGACCCUGACCCCUCCGCUUCUUCCUCUUCCGCUGCUGCCUCGGGCACAGUCGCGGCGGACACUGCGGCAUCUAGCACCCCCGCGUUCGUAAUUCCUGGCAAGACACUCUCUGUUCUCCCAAUUGGUCUCGCGGUCUUUGGGGGUAUCUCCGGUAUUGCUUUGAUUGUCGUUGGGCUCGUCACAUACGAGCGUACCAAGUACCGCCGAGCAUUCCGUCAGCGUAAGCUGGCCGAGUCAGGUGCUAGUAUGGGCUAUGGUGGGAUGGCCCUCAAGCGUGUCAACGAGCUCGUCAUUACUUUCAUAGUAGAUAACAGCAUAGAAUGGUUCACGAAAUUGCCUCCGGGCUUCACCCAGGAGCUACGCUAUCAAGUGACAGAGAACAACCCGCCCAUUGACCCGGUUACGAAUGCUCCCUUCAUCGAUUUCGAGAAUUACUGCUGCGGCGCCCAUGGCUUUGCAGCUCUCAUUGAAACCAAAGCGGAGGGCGAGCCCAAGUCGCACUACACGCUCUUCGAUGCCGGUCCCGAGUCGAAGAGCAUCACGCGCAACGUCGCGGCGCUCAGCGUCCCCGUCGAGCGCGUCUCGCGUGUCGUCCUCUCGCACUGGCAUUCGGACCACAGCGGCGGCAUCCUCGCGUUUCUGCGCAUGCGCAAGGCGGCGGCGCAGGACGAGCAUGGACAGUGUGUCGUCGACCUGCACCCUGACAGGCCUAUCGCUCGUGGCAUCGCACCCCAGGGUGAGAUCUUCUGCCGGCUGGCGGAAGAUCCGACAUUUGAAGAAGUUGAGAAGGAGGGCGGUGUGGUUGAAAAGCAUGCCGAGGGGCACGUUGUCGCAGAUGGAACUGUCUUCGUGAGCGGAGAGAUCCCUCGCCUGACCGAGUUUGAGCAGGGAAUCGCUGGUGGGGUGAGGUGGAAGUUGGGUGAGGCUGGUGCUGGAGGACAAUGGGUGCCUGAGGCGCACAUCAUGGACGAGCGGUAUGCAGCUGUCGACGUGGUUGGCAAGGGCCUGGUGAUUUUCUCCUCGUGUUCCCACGCUGGAAUCGUAAACGUCGCUACAGAUGCAGUCAACAGGUUUAAGAGGCCGAUACACAUGAUUGUCGGUGGUCUACACUUGGGCGGGCCUGAGCUCGCAGAUCGUAUCGAGCCCACAGUCAACUUCUUUGCUAACAAGCUUCGGCCCUCUCCAACGUAUAUCUUGCCGAUGCACUGUUCUGGAUUUGGUGUCAAGAUCGCACUCGAGAAAGCUUUUGGCGACGGAUGCGUUCCGACGGGCGCAGGCGUUCAUGUGAAGGUGGAUGGUUCGCCAGAGGACGAGGCUGCGAUAUUCCCGCCUCUCAUCAUGUAGUGUUUUGAUGGAAUGAUUGGAAUUGC